ACAUUGGAUCGUCGUUGCGGCCGGUGUAGAAAAUAGCCAGUUUUGUGUUUGUUAAGAGCUUCAAGAUCGACGACAAUGGCUCUGCCAUUCAAAAGGAAAAGAGUCUUUAGUACAAUCAGGAUCGCUCUUAAGAAUCUCAAGGACCAACUCGAUAUUUUUUAGCCAAGCUUACCUUCUUUGUCAUGGACAAAGUUGCUUGAAUUAUAGAGCAAGAUAGAAGUUUGCACGUUGUCUGUAUCUAUGCAGAAGGCAGAAUCAUCUUUCACAUAUGGCUUGGAACUUAAGCAGAUUACACCAAAUGAUGCUUUGAUUGUUGGGUGGCUAAUUAGACUUCUUCUUAGCUUUCUAGCUGGUCCUUCAACAGUGGAAGCAGAAGAAAGGCAUAAAGCAGUUCAAUGUCUCCUCAAUGUAACUGUCUUUGAGACUUCUAAACUGGCUACUCUGAAUUAUAGUCUAUAUCUAUCCUAUGGGAAAAUUUUAAAUGUGAGACCAAGCCCAAUGAUACGUAGGGAUUGGGAGAGCUCAAAUCUGUACACGGUGAAGAUUGAUAGGACCACAAUCAAAAGGUUCUACUUGAAUAUGCUUCAUCUUUCUUUGAAGAAAUAGCUAAGAGUGUACUUUGGGAGAAAGAAGAUCACAUAAAUUCACUUUCUGAGAUGAUCAAGUUGGCAUUUCUUCUCAAAUUUGAUGAAGACGCCGUUGGUUUGAAUUUGCAAGUUUUUGUGGAAGACAGAGUUUCUUUUAGCAGCUUUCCCCUGUAAGUAGGCAUGUUAUGAG